UCUGCAUUCCAGGAGAUCAGCUGCGCAUGCUGGCUGGGGGACCAUUACCAGCCCUGAGCUCCCCUGGCAAUUGAGAGACCCACAGAUCACUUGACUUGGUAAACUAUGGAGAAUUUGUGCCUAAUGUAACUAUCAUCUAGCCUACUGAGGUGGGAACAAAUGGAUCCAGUGGUCACAGGAUAAGAAAAUCUUGGGAGUCUGGAGUGCUGAAGUGUUUGUAGAACCUAAGUCUGCAGAUGGACAGGAGGCAAAAUUCAGUAGUCCUGGAGUCCUUGGCGAAGAAUUCCCUCAGGGCUGCCAUCAGAGAGGAGCAGUCAGAUGAAUUAUAAGGACCAUCCAAAACUGAAUGUUCCUGAGAGCAGGAAGCACUGGCCAGUUCUUCCUGGCUCUGAUGAUUUGGGAGUCCAAUUUCACAGCAGUCUCUCUGACACCUUAAAUGAUCAGUCUCCAUUCCUUGCCUUGGAUGGUGUGCCCAGGCCCCAAGGGACCUUGUAAGCCUACUUUUCCCUUCUGAUAUGAAUUGCACAAGCCAGUUAAAAAGAGUUCCCAGUAAUAUCUGGUACAAGUUACAGCAGAGAAAUCAGUGCAGAGGAACCAGCCACAGGGAGCAAGCCGCUUCUCUGCUUUCUGAAUUUUCCCGAUGUACCAUGGGGCCACUUUUUCCUCACACACAAUAGUAGAACCCACCGCUCUGUGAUCUGCAGCGAAGGACAGCAUUCAAGUGAAGGGCUUAUUAAUGAAAUAUGAUGGAGUAUGUACAUUUAAUCUUCCUAUCUACCUUCCUCUCGGUUUCUGUGACAUCUGAAACAUUUGAUGCAAUGGAAGGUGAAGCUUUAGUUAUAAAAUGUGCCCUGUGGAGUUCAGCUGUGAAUGUCACCUGGUAUCACACGGAUACUAACAAAAUAAUUCCUGCAGAAGAAGAGGGAUCACGAAUAUUUUCCUUAAAACGAUUUCUUUGGUUUCUGCCAACUUCUAGAGAGGAUUCUGGAAACUACACUUGUGUUAUACAUUUUUCAGAUAAUCGCAUGAAAUUGUUCAACAUGAGUGUGCAGGUGCAUCCGUACAAGCAAGGAGUAUGUUUCCCAAGUCAGAUUCGUUACCCAAAUGACACUGGAAGAGGAAGAAUUGUUUGUCCUACAAUUGACAAUUAUGAGAAUGCUACUAUCAUCCAGUGGUAUAAGGACUGCAAACCUCUUCAGGGAGAGAGAUACUUCAAGGGAGAAAAAUAUGUUUUUAUUAACAACCCAAGAAAGGAGGAUGAUGGUUAUUAUACUUGUCAAUUUAUCUACAUUCAUAAAGGAAAUGUGUUUAAUGUAUCAGCAACAAGGAUAUUCAUAAGUAAGGCAAAACACUCACCUCUGCCACCUCAAAUUUUAUUUCCAAAGGAUAGAGAUGUAAUAGAAGUGGAGCUGGGUGCUGCUUUGUCUCUGAAAUGUCAGGCCCGCCUGGGGAUUAAGAAACAGCUGAUGGCUGUUGUUACAUGGGAUGUGGAUAACAUCCCAGUGAAAUACUUAGAUAAUUCAAGAUUUCAUGAAAAAACUCAUUUUUUUGAAGGACGUGAGCAAGAAUAUUACAAAGAGGCCACUUUGCAUAUUACUGAAAUAAAAAAGGAGGAUCUGCAGGCGAAUUUCACGUGUGUAGUGGUGAAUAAAAUGCAGAACACAAAAGCCACAGUGACAUUACAACUCAAAGCACAAUGUGAGGUGGCUCUUCCUAACGUCCUCUUGAUUGUAGGAUCUCUAGUUCUGCUAGUUGCAAUAGCAGUCUCUGUUACACUUUAUGAGUCCUUCCGAGUUGAUAUCGUCCUACUAUAUCGGGAGAUAUUUCAGCCCUACUCAGUCAAGGAUGAUGGGAAGAUAUAUGAUGCGUAUGUUAUCUACCCCAAAAACCACACCAAUGAAGCUAACUUUGUGGAAUAUUUUGUUUACCAAAUCAUGCCAGAUAUUCUAGAAAAUAAAUGUGGAUAUAAACUGUGUAUUUAUGGGAGAGAUAUAUAUCCCGGAGAAGAUACAGCCAGUGCAAUUGAGAAGAGGAUGCAGAAGAGCAGACGGCUGAUCAUCCUUCUAACACAGCAGCUGAUUAACUGUAAAGAACAUGCCUAUGACCAACACAUUGCUCUGUACAAUGCCCUCAUUCAGAAUGACACAAAGGUGAUCCUGCUGGAAAUGGAGGCCAUUGGGACUUAUGAGAAACUUCAGGAAUCACUUCGGUUUCUUAUUAAGCAGCAAGGUACCAUCAAAUGGAAAGAGCAGCACACUGUGCACCCACAGUCAUCCAAUUCUAGGUUCUGGAAACAGGUGAGGUACCACAUGCCAGUGAUGCUCAAGUCCUCAUACUCAGCUAAUGCCGGGUGAUCAGUCUAUGAAAAUAUUGCUACGCUACCAGGAUGGACACGUGCCUGCAGCUCUUUUUCCUUCCAGUAGGAACACGAACUUACCGUCUGGAAGUCUGGCUGUAAUUCUGAAAUUUUCCCAGUCCUUCAGCUGAGUAAUGAUAUGCUGAAGUGAUGGAAGAGGUCUGGGGAAUUGAGAGAAGUUUUUAUAGGUAUGGGAGUUCUGCAAAUAAAUCAUUCUAGGCUGUGUGCAGAAUUUGCGUGUCACAGGAAACAAAAUGUACCUAUACUCUUUCUAUAUAUAGUAGUACAUAUACCUGAAAGUUAUGAUUCUGAAUAGCCGAAUGCCCUGCAGGUUUGCUUUACCAUUCUAAUGCAGUUGAUCAAACAUAAAUGCCUUCUGUAUUAUUUGACUAGAAAGUAUAAUGUGUAUUCUGCAACUAGAAAGUAUAAUAUGCUUUUGUUAUUUUUUUCCACCACUUAUUCCUUUUUGAUUCAAUAGAAAUACUCAUACCAUGAGAUUUUAUUUUUCCUUAGUAUGGAUGCAUCAGUAAAGGAUCUUUUGAGACUGAUGUGAAUACAGCACAAAAAAAAAAAAAAAAAGUAGUGUUAAGGGAAAAGUAUACACUGAUAUAUAUUUAUAUGCAUUUUUUAAUAUUUUGCACACACACACACACACACAUAUAUAGAAAUGAAUCUUGCACAAAGGAGAAAUUUUAAAUCUUUUGGGUAUAACACACCAUGACAUUACUGUUAUUAUCUCCAGAUGGAAAUAACAUUUUAAAAUUCAGGGCGUUUUUUUGUACACUGAUGGCAUUCUUUUAAGCUACUGAAAGGAGAGACUGCAUCUUUAUAACAGGCAGUAUCCACUUUUUUUUCCCCUGCCCCGACCUUAUGCCUAGUUAUACUUUCUUCUGAUAGGGAAUACCCUGCAGUGCAAAGGUCAGAGCCAAAUCUCCUAGUUCAGGGGAGUAUGAACAAAAUAUGUUCUAGUACAGAAAUCCUUGCAAACUUCAACUUUAUAGCUUCUUAAAACCAGGAAUUUUCUUACUGUUGGACAAGGCUUGGAAUUGAGCUUCAGGCUUGCUACAGAAUGGACUUAAAAAGUGAAAAUUAGAUGCAGAACACCUAAUGUUACCAAGUCCAGGCUUACAGAACAGACAAGGCCUUUCCUUUUACUGUAAGUUUUUAUUGAAUGUGGAUCUUCAGACUUAUGGAUGGCUAUAUGGAGUAAGAAAAAUGUGUACGCGAUAUCUGUAUAGAUUUUUUUUCAACAUUAAAUUAAAAGAUUUAUGACAAACUAAAAA